AUGGGUCUCAUCUCGGUGCCCCUGGGGUCGCCGAGGGCGAACGGGGCCAACAUCACGGUGGAGGACGCCGCGAUGGCGCGGGAGGCGUUCUUGGGGGCCGCGCGUGCCAUAGGCCUGACGGGCCUGGCGGCGUGCGGUGCAGAUUCGGCGCUUCAGAAGGUAUCGGAGGCUUGCUUCUCGCUCUUCAGGAAGCAGGCUUCCGUCGCUGCUCGCCCUUGGUCGCGGUGCUCCACGUGCCGCCGCUGCGAGUACGACGACAUCCUCUUCGGCCAGAGCUGGAAGUGCGUCUGCGGGAGCCGCGUGACGCAGUACCGCCCGCCGUCCCAGCCGCGCUCUCGGGGACAGCACGGCGGCCGCUCGCGUGGCGAUCCAGCUCCAGCAGCUCCCCCAGCCGACGUGAGCAACCCGCUCGAGGCCUUGCUGCGCCCAGGUGCCGCCUCGUCGGCCUCUUCAGGCCCUGUGCCGCCCGAGUUGCUGGCCGCUAUGAAGGUGGUGGAGGCCCACGCGCAGGCGGCGGCGGAGCGGGCAGCCAAGCCCGCCAAGGCGCCAUCGCCUGACGCUGCACUUCGCCGCGCUUCGGGCGAAUGCCGCGAUCUUCAUCGCCGUCAUCAGGCGGCCGUGGACCAAGUUCUUCGCUGCAGGAAAGCGCUCCUGCUGGCCGAGAAUCGGGAGAAGGAAGUGGCCCUUCUUUUGGCCGAGGCGGAGGCCGCCAAGCAGAAGGCCGCCGCUGCUGUCGCUGCGCUUGGACCAGUCGCUGGCCCCGCCUCGACGACCGCGCCUGCGGCUACUGCGCCUGCGGCUUCGGCGGAGUCAGGCGACCUCUUCUCCUUGCAUUGGGACGAUGCGGUGUUCGACGAGGGCGUCCUCUGCGAGCUCGAUCCCGACGAGCAGGCCACGUUGGCCGCGCUGAGGAAGGAGCUGCUCGCGGCGAAGGACCUGUUGCAGUCGCACUCGAGCGAGGUCCGCGUGAAGCUCACCGCGGCCAAGCAGCUCGCCGCCAUGGGCCGGCAGAGGAUGGCCAAGAAGCGGAAGAGCGACGCUGACGGGGCGCCAGCUGGACAGGCCGCUGCCGAGAGCUCCGCGGCCACUCCUCGGGUGCGCUUCGAGGACUCGCCUCCUGCCGCGGGCGCGUCUGCUGGAGCGAGCUCGUCCCCCGACGAGGCUUCGCUGGCAGCCGCUGCAGCCAAACUCAGCCAGGCUAAGUUCGCCGCGGCGCAGCAG